UUGGGGAGGCGGUGGGGUCCACAUUUCAUUGAUCCUCUUCAUCCAUUCCCCGUUCUCGAAGCACUACAAGAAGGCAGAUCCGCACCCAUUUCUCCCUCGCCUCGUGCCUACUGCCUUCCUGGACAAACCCUGCCUGCACUCUUCCGCUUCCGCUCCCCUCCCCUUAUCUUUUUAUUUUUUAAAAUUAAUUUUCAUAGAUUGUAUUUACUAUCAAUUUGUUUAUCAUAAUUUCGUUACAAUUCGGUUUUGCUUUCUUCCUUUUUGGAUCCAAAGUUUCUCUGUUUCCAUCUUUUCUCAGCUCACAGGGUUCGGAAUUCUUAUGAGGCGGCUGUGUCCAAUGUUAUGCUAUCUCAGUUUAAUAUACUCUCACUGAAUUCAUAAUACACCAGAAUUACUUCACUUCUUUGAUCAAUAUAUAGCGCUUUCGUUGGAAUUAAUUGUUCUACACUGAUUGCCCCCUUCCUUUUCGAAUCGUAGAUUUAGGGUUUCUAUAAUCUAAUAUUCUAUUGUUGCAAUUGGAGUUAAACCAAAAGGAAAAAAAAGAGGCGCGGCAAGAACCGCGUGGAUUUUAUUUUUUAUUGGUGUGUUUGGAUCUUCGUCACAGAGUAGGGUUCAGGUAGUGGUAUAUUAAAUCGUUUUUGGGAGAAUGGAUAAGAAAAAGGUUGCGGUUCCUCUUGUUUGCCAUGGUCACUCUCGCCCGGUGGUUGAUCUCUUCUACAGUCCUGUAACUCCCGAUGGAUUCUUUCUCAUCAGUGCAAGCAAGGAUUCUAGUCCUAUGCUCAGGAAUGGAGAGACUGGGGAUUGGAUUGGAACAUUUGAAGGGCACAAAGGUGCGGUGUGGAGUUGCUGCUUGGAUACUAAUGCGUUGCGUGCUGCUACUGCUUCUGCUGAUUUUUCAACGAAAGUCUGGGAUGCAUUAACAGGAGAUGAGUUGCAUUCUUUUGAGCAUAAACAUAUUGUUCGAGCAUGUGCUUUUUCUGAGGAUACACACCUUUUGCUCACUGGAGGAGUUGAGAAAAUUCUCCGAAUUUAUGAUUUGAAUCGACCUGAUGCACCACCCAGGGAAGUUGAUAAAUCUCCUGGUUCAGUGAGAACUGUUGCAUGGCUUCAUAGUGACCAGACAAUAUUGAGUUCUUGUACUGAUAUGGGUGGAGUCAGGCUAUGGGAUGUAAGAAGUGGUAAAAUAGUACAGACACUUGAAACCAAGUCAUCUGUUACAAGUGCAGAAGUGAGUCAGGAUGGCCGUUAUAUUACAACUGCUGAUGGUUCUAGUGUGAAGUUCUGGGAUGCUAAUUACUAUGGAUUAGUAAAGAGCUAUGACAUGCCUUGUACGGUGGAAUCUGCAUCCUUGGAGCCAAAGUAUGGGAACAAGUUUGCUGCUGGAGGAGAAGACAUGUGGGUUCGUGUGUUUGAUUUCCAUACAGGCAGUGAGAUUGCAUGCAACAAGGGCCACCAUGGUCCUGUCCACUGUGUCCGUUUCUCUCCCGGAGGAGAAUCAUAUGCCUCAGGAUCUGAGGACGGAACCAUCAGAAUAUGGCAGACAGGUCCAUUGACUCAGGAAGACUCGGAGGCUUUACCUGCAAAUGGAUCAAUUGAGAAGGUGAAGGUAACUGCGGAUGAGGUUUCACGCAAGAUUGAGGGAUUUCAUAUUGCAGAUGAGGGGAAAUCCAAAGAGAAGGAAGAGGCAGGGGAGGAGUAAUGCUCUAAUAAUAAGCACAUUUUGUUUGGCAGAGUGUCGGUUUUCUUAUAUCAAGAGACCUACUUUAUAUAGCUGAUAGUAAACUACAUUUUGUAAAUUUUUAGAUUGUAUUGGACAUUUACUGAACGGAACGAUCUUGUUCUAGAAGCUUUAUGGUUGCUUUCGUUUCAACUCUAUUUUGGGAGUUUGGGGAUAUAGGAAUGGACGUGGUAUACUUGUUCAAAAAUCAUGACCAUUGAAGUGACUUUAGAGUUUAGUCUAUUUGUGUUUGGAUUAGUUUUACAAAUUAUGGAGUUUUGUUAUUUUA